AUCACGCAGUGUACGUAUACCGGAAAUGGUCAUACAGAGGAACUUGAAAGAUGGAGGCGGCUGUGUUCAUUUUCUCUCUCAUCGACUGCUGUGCAUUAAUCUUCCUUUCGGUCUACUUUAUCAUCACUCUUUCAGAUUUGGAAUGCGACUACAUCAAUGCACGAGCCUGUUGCUCGAAGUUGAAUAAAUGGGUCAUUCCGGAGCUGGUCGGCCAGACCUUGGCGACAGUGCUCAUGUUGGUCUCCAUGCACUGGUUCGUUUUCCUACUUAACCUGCCAGUAGCAUCCUGGAAUGUCUACAGGUUUCUGAAGGUCCCUAUGGGCAACAUGGGGGUCUUUGACCCAACGGAGAUUCACAAUCGUGGGCAGCUCAAGUCUCACAUGAAGGAGGCUAUGAUCAAGCUGGGCUUCCACCUGCUCUGUUUCUUCAUUUACCUGUACAGCAUGAUCCUGGCCUUGAUCAAUGACUGAUCCCCAUGACCUUUGACCCCCAACUUGCCAAAUCACAACCUCUCCUCCCUGCGCUGUAUUAGAUUGACGACAUCUGACAUCCUGGACAUCAGCACUCCAUCAUUUCUGCUGUGUAGCCGUCAGUCCAUCUCUCCUCUCCUUUCUACUGUUCUCAGAGAAUGCGUCAAUCAACUUAAUUAGAUGUGUUCUCCCUGACAUGUAUUUCUGAGUGUGUGUGUGUGUGAGAGUGUGAGAGACAAUGUGUGCGUGUAUAUGUGUGCGUCAUAUCAGUGUUGGUUUUACUAUUAUUCCACUAACUUGUUGCUGAAGCUGCAACCACACACACACACACACACACACACACACACACACACACACACACACACACAUACCACAGCUUCUCAGGGCCGUGGCAAAAUGACAAUCUACUCAUGGGUGCAUUUGAUUGGCCAACCCACCGCCUCCGAGCCAAUCAGAACACUAACACCAUCCCUCUGGAGCUGCCAGUAUUGUCCAUUACAUUCAGCUGCCCCCAGCUACCCUCAAGCUGGAAAACAACUCUUCGCUUAUGACUGCUGGAAUAUUCUUUUGUUUGUUUGUUUUGAUUGUUGUUGGUGACUUGAAAUGGGCGUGAAAUAUUAAACUAGCAACUUGCCAGCAAAGUUCAACAACUGGGAAUAUAUACUUUGUGGGUUUUGUGUAUGUUUGUUUGUUUGUUUUUGUAGCAUUUGCUAUGAAGCUGGCCUACCCACUGACCUAUUAAUUGUGCAUUUUAGCAGGGGAAGUGUAUUAAACUAAACUUAUGGGUUACUAUGUCGAUCCAAAGCUCUGUUAUCCUAUAGCUGAUGAAGCUUUUGUUGAAGGUGCUCUGUGUGUGUGUGUGUGUGUGUGUGUGUGUGUGUGUGUGUGUGUGUGUGUGUGUGUGUGUGUGUGUGUGUGUGUGUGUGUGUGUGUGUGUGUGAGAGAGAGAGAGAGUUAUUGUCAAACCAUUCAAACCAUCUGUGAUUACUCUGGCUUUUGUAUCAAACGGAAGGCUGGUGGUACAUGUUGAGCACUGAACCUUAAAGUCUUAGUAGAGUCGUAGUGGGUUUCAUAGGGUCCACUAGUGUUUGUGGAGGGAAAACCACUUUACUGAGGGGGUAGGCAGAACCAGAUUGGCACAAUGUAAAACAUGGAAAACUAUUUUUGUUUUUGUUUGGAUCCAAUAAUAGUAUUUCAAUUUGGAAGAGAUUAAUGUGUCUUAUUGUGUGUUAAACCAGCUUAAAACUUGGGUACGGCUGUGCUACUGAUGAAAGAUUUUAUUUGUGCUUUUACUUUUCUUCAGAAAGUGGUGUUUCUUUAAAAUAAAUCUAAAAACAUGCUGA